UUCGGAUUUUCAUAGAAAUUUUCAUAUUUUGUUCUUGAUACUUUCGAGUUUUAUCCGAUUGAAUAUUCGAUUGAACAACCAAAAUACUUAAUCUGAUAGUGUUCUACACGACUCUCGAUUCGUCCAAGUUUUCGUUAAUUUUCCCAACAAAGAUUGAAUAUUUUCGUUGAAGAUGACGAACGGUGAAUCAAUGAAGGACAGAACCAGUAACUUCGCUAAACUGGAAGGUGUCCAAGGACAGGACUUUCGAAGAUGGCAGAAGAAGAUGCAGAUCCUGUUGACGACUCUCAAAGUCGUGUAUGUGCUGAGUACUCCCAAACCAGAAGAGCGCGAGGACGAAACCAUUGAACAUGCCAGAAGGCGUUGCAAGUGGGAGAACGACAACAUUCUAUGCAUAGGCCACAUUCUAAACAGUUUGUUUGAUUCCCUCUUCGAUAUUUAUCAGAAUGUUGAAUCCGCAAAAGAAUUGUGGGAUUCUCUUGAAUCCAAAUACAUGGUGGAAGAUGCAUCAAGUAAGAAAUUUCUUGUUAGUGACUUUAAUAAUUAUAAUAUGGUUGAUUUAAGGUCUGUUAUGGAACAAUAUCAUGAACUUGUGCGUAUGUUGGGACAAUUUAAUUUACAUGGUAUGAAACAAGAUGAAUGUAUUUCUGUUUCGAAUGUAAUUGAUAAGUUGCCACCGUCUUGGAAAGACUAUAAACGUGAGUUGAAACACAACAAAGAUGAUUUGUCUUUGGUUCAAUUGGGCACUCAUCUUCGGAUUGAAGAAUCAGUGAGGGCUCGAGAAAGCAACAAAUCCAAGGAUGUUGCUGAACCAUCCUGUGUUAAUAUGGUGGAGGAUGGUGGUUCCAAGGCGAAGCACAAGUCUGAAAAAAGGAAGCAAAACAAGCCCGACAAGAACACCGCCAACAAAAAACAAAAGGUGCCAUGUUGAAAGUGCGGUAAACCCGGGCAUUUCAAGAAAGAUUGCAGGGUGGGCAAAGGAGAACAAGAAGCCGGUCCAAGUGGGUCGAAGAACCCAAAUAUGCAACAAGGUCAGAAUUUCGAAAACAUUAAUAAUUUGGUUUAGAAUUAUGUAUCACUAAUAUGCGAGGCAUUUUAUAUGCAGAAUGAUGAUGUUUCAUGGUGGGUAGAUUCGGGAGCAACAUCCCAUGUGUGCAAGGAUCAACGUUGGUUUACAUCUUUAAGGCCAAUUGAAGAUGGCUCAACAUUGCGCAUGGGGAAUGUGUCUACCGAACCCAUCAAAGAAAUUGGAAGUGUUAGG